AACGACACUCAUCGUUUACCACUGCUGACCCGCGCAACUAGCGUGAGAGGAGCAAAUAACUAAAGUCAGGAAGCACUCAGACGAAACAAUGAGUGUUGACGUGAAGAAGCUGAAAGUAAAUGAGUUAAAAGAGGAGCUCCAGCGCCGCGGCCUGGACACCAGAGGCCUGAAGGCAGACCUGGUGGAGAGGCUGAGAGCCGCGCUGGAGGCUGACGCUCAGGCUGAUGUCUCAGAGCAAGGGGAGCAGGAGGAUGAAUACUGUCAGGACUAUCAAGACAACGAGGAAAACGAAGAUGGAGAUGAUGCACAAGAGCAGCAAG